CGCUGUCAGACUGCACUCCACCUGGGGCUCGCCUGCCGCGGGUUUCCGCGCGCCCACACUUUCUGCGGUCGAGGGGACGCCCCGCAGCAAUUCAGGCGGUCAUUCUCCGCGGGCUGGGGUACAAGCGCCAUUAGAGUCGACGAGCGCCAGGAUCUUCACGCGGAGCCCUCUGAAGUCCCGCCCGCUGGAUUCCAGGACCCGCUUGGAUGCUUCGCCUCCGAGCGACCUCGGAAGAUGGGCCGGCAGCCACGCGCGUAAAGACAGCUAGGGAUUACCAGUCUCCAAGGCCGACCCGGAGAGCUCGGCCCGGGCUUCCGCGGCGGAGGAGAUGGCUUCCAGCCCGCUGCCGGGGCCCAACGACAUCCUGCUGGCAUCGCCGUCGAGCGCCUUCCAGCCCGACGCGCUGAGCCAGCCGCGGCCGGGCCACGCCAACCUGAAACCCAACCAGGUGGGCCAGGUGAUCCUCUACGGCAUUCCCAUCGUGUCGUUGGUGAUCGACGGGCAGGAGCGCCUAUGCCUGGCGCAGAUCUCCAACACCCUCCUCAAGAACUUCAGCUACAACGAGAUUCACAACCGCCGCGUGGCGCUGGGCAUCACGUGCGUGCAGUGCACGCCGGUGCAGCUGGAGAUUCUGCGACGCGCCGGGGCCAUGCCUAUCUCAUCGCGCCGCUGCGGCAUGAUCACUAAGCGAGAGGCUGAGCGUUUGUGCAAGUCGUUCCUAGGCGAAAACAGGCCCCCCAAGCUGCCUGACAACUUCGCCUUCGACGUUUCGCACGAAUGCGCCUGGGGCUGCCGUGGCAGCUUCAUCCCCGCGCGCUACAACAGCUCCCGCGCCAAGUGCAUCAAAUGCAGCUACUGCAACAUGUACUUCUCGCCCAACAAGUUCAUCUUCCACUCCCACCGUACGCCCGACGCCAAGUACACGCAGCCGGACGCAGCCAACUUCAAUUCGUGGCGCCGUCACCUCAAGCUCACUGACAAGAGCCCCCAGGACGAGCUAGUCUUCGCCUGGGAGGACGUCAAGGCCAUGUUCAACGGCGGGAGCCGAAAGCGCGCGCUGCCCCAGCCGGGCGCGCAUCCCGCCUGCCACCCGCUCAGCUCGGUCAAGGCGGCCGCUGUGGCAGCGGCUGCGGCGGUGGCGGGAGGUGGGGGACUGCUGGGCCCGCACCUGCUGGGGGCGCCCCCACCGCCGCCCCCGCCACCUCUGGCCGAGUUGGCGGGCGCGCCGCACGCGCAUCACAAGAGGCCGCGCUUCGAAGACGACGACGACUCGCUGCAGGAGGCGGCUGUCGUGGCCGCCGCCAGUCUUUCGGCCGCCGCCGCCAGCCUGUCGGUGGCCGCGGCCUCCGGCGGCGCCGGAGCGGGCGGGGGGGGCGCGGGGGGCGGCUGCGUGACGGGCGUUGGCGCCGGCGCGGGCGCGGCGGCUGGCGCCAAAGGGCCACGCAGCUAUCCGGUCAUCCCGGUGCCCAGCAAGGGCUCGUUCGGGGGCGUGCUGCAGAAGUUCCCAGGCUGCGGGGGACUCUUCCCGCAUCCUUACACCUUCCCGGCUGCAGCAGCCGCCUUCGGAUUGUGCCACAAGAAGGAGGACGCGGGCACCGCGGCCGAGGCUCUAGGGGGUGCGGGCGGCGCGGGCACGGCGCCCAAGGCCGGCCUGUCUGGCCUCUUCUGGCCCGCGGGCCGCAAGGACGCCUUUUACCCGCCCUUCUGCAUGUUCUGGCCUCCGCGGACCCCGGGCGGACUUCCCGUGCCCACAUACCUACAGCCCCCGCCGCAGCCGCCCUCGGCGCUCGGCUGCGCGCUAGGCGAAAGCCCGACCCUGCUGCGUCAGGCCUUCCUGGACCUGGCCGAGCCUGGCGGCGUGGGCGGGAGCGCCGAAGCGGCCCCCCCGCCGGGUCAGCCCCCUCCGGUCGUCGCCAACGGCCCGGGCUCCGGCCCGCCGCCUCCUGCGGGCGGCGCGGGCGCUCGCGAUGUGCUCUUCGAGUCGCCCCCGGGCGGCAGCGGCGGGGACUGCAGUGCGGGCUCCACGCCUCCGGCCGACCCCGGCUCCGUGUCCGGGACUGGGGCCGCGGCCGCCGGAGCGGUCCCCGUGGGUGCCCGAGUGCCCGCUCCCCACCACCCGCACCUCCUGGAGGGGCGCAAAGCCGGCGGAGGCAGCUAUCACCAUUCCAGCGCCUUCCGGCCGGUGGGCGGCAAGGACGACGCAGAGAGCCUGGCCAAACUGCACGGGGCGUCCGCCGGCGCGCCACACUCGGCCCAAGCGCAUCACCACCAACACCAACAACAACCGCACCAACACCACCACCACCAUCAUCCCCCGCAGCCGCCGUCGCCGCUGCUGCUGCUGCCCCCGCAGCCCGACGAGCCGGGUUCCGAGCGCCACCACCCGGCCCCGCCGCCGCCCCCACCCCCGCCCCCGCCGCCUCCGCUGGCCCCGCAGCCGCACCACCGAGGCCUUCUGUCCCCCAGUGGCACCAGCUGCAGCUACCCCAGCGAGGACAGCUCCGAGGACGAGGAUGACGAGGAAGAAGAGCAAGAGGUGGACGUGGAGGGCCACAAGCCUCCCGAGGGCGAGGAAGAGGAGGAGGAAAGUCGAGACCCCGAGGACGACGAGGAGGAAGACGAGGAGACAGGGGUCCUGCUAGGGGACCCUUUAGUCGGGGGCGGCCGAUUCCUCCAGGGCAGAGGGCUGUCGGAGAAGGGGAGCAGCCGGGACCGCCCGCCGGCUGCCGCGGGCGCUUUCCCACUGGCCCUGAACUCCUCCAGGCUGCUGCAGGAGGACAGAAAACUGGGUGACCCCGGCGGCUCGGACCUGCCCCCGCCCCCGCCCCCGCCGCUGGCCUGCCAGAAAUCAAGCGGCGGCCUUAGCAGCAGCCCGGGCAGCCCGGUCCACCAUCCAUCACUGGAGGAGCAGCCCUCCUACAAAGAUAAUCAGAAAACUAAGGAAAAUAACCAAGUAAUUUUAUCUACAAAGGAUGAAAACAACUUUUCAGAUAAGAACAAGGAGCAUAGCUUUUUCAUCACAGACUCUGAUGCUUCCGGAGGAGAUUUUUGGAGAGAAAGAUCAGGUGAACACACGCAAGAGACAAAUUCACCUCAUUCACUGAGAAAGGAUGUAGAAAAUAUGGGGAAAGAAGAACUUCAGAAGGUUUUAUUUGAACAAAUAGAUUUGCGGAGACGACUAGAACAAGAAUUCCAGGUGUUAAAAGGAAAUACAUCUUUCCCAGUAUUCAAUAAUUUUCAGGAUCAAAUGAAAAGGGAACUAGCCUACCGAGAAGAAAUGGUGCAACAGUUACAAAUUAUUCCCUAUGCAGCAAGCUUGAUCAGGAAAGAAAAGCUAGGUGCGCAUCUCAGCAAAAGCUAAAAGGUGCACAGAACCACUUACUCUUGUUCUCUUGUAAGAUACAGACUGCCCCUGAGUACUUCCGACCUGCACAGAGACUGAAAAUUGAAAGGGCUUGGGAAUCAAAUAUAAAAUCAGGUUCGGGAGAACCCAAGGACAAGUGACCUCAAAGCAGCAUGGACAACCAUGUAAAAUAGACUGUAGCAGCCAUUCAUUAGUUGGGGGAGGGGGGAACCAACCAGAGCCGUCAACGCUUGUUGCAUCUUUUGGUGGAACCAAAGUUUGAGUCUGUGUUUUUAUAGGCCAACCGAACCCAGAGCGCGGGAGUGCUGUUAGCCAAGUGGGGUGGGAAAUCCAUGGACGGUCCCAGGGGAUCUCUGUGCUACAUACUUGGAGAGAGCAGCUCUAUGAGACCGUCUUUUACGUUUGAAGAAGUGAUUCUUGGUGAAAAGACAACACAAGACCUGCCCUAGGAGGGGAGGAUCACGUUUCGACAGCUAGGAUGGCAUCAGCCGUACAAACCUGCUUUUCCCAGCAAAGUGGACAGACUUAUGCGUGGCCCCUUCCUCUCUGGUAUUUUGCCUGCUAUAUGAAUGAAGAUUGUAUUCCUUUGGAAAUAUUUUACAGUUUAAUAUUGAGUGUAAUUAAGAAUAUAAUCAUGUUAUCAAAAAUGGUAUUUAACUCUGUUGUAGUUUCUUUAAC